AUGAAGUUAUAUGUAUUUCUGGUCAACACUGGAACCACCCUUACCUUUGACACAGAACUUGCCGUACAGAAGUAAGUAAAUCCUUCUGGUCUUCUGUGAGGAAUCUGUUGCUGGACUGUUCUUAGCAAAGCCAUCUCUUGAUUCACAGUAUAUGUUUUGUUUGGGAGUGAGAGUUAAAGCAAAACUACUAUUAGAAUGAACCUGUAGUGUUACAGCUUUUCUGAGACAUUUAGACAAUUUAAGAAAUACUCUCUUAUUAAUGUGGUUUUUGUGCCAUUACAUGAACCUUGCUGGAGCUCACCCCCUUCAUCCUUGUUUGAGAUCCUUCCUCCUUUGCCAUUCACUCUAAAUUAAGAGAGCUUGUGCUGGAUAUAUGGCAUGGUCACUGCAGCAGGGCCAGCUUACGUUGCCUGUUCUGUCCUUAAACAGUUGGGAUGGUUUCUCAUAUAAAAUGCCAUUAGUGAUGGAUUGACAAAGGGCAGUUACUCCUAGCCUCUAUCAUUGUCCUAGUGUAGGAAGUAGCAGUUUAAUAACUGAACUUUGGCAUUAUCUAUAUUAAGUCUUUAACAUUUAGAGUACUCUGUAAAUGUAUAAUUCUUAAGGAUCUGUGGAAGAUACUGAAACUUUUUUUUGUCAUUUUAAUCAGUGUGGCAGACCUUAAACAAGCUAUCCAAACUAAAUACAAGAUCGCUAUUCAACAUCAAGUAUUGGUUGUCAAUGGAGGAGAGUGUAUGGCAGCUGACAGGAAAGUCUGUAGUUAUAGUGCUGGAACGGUAAAUAUUCAUUUCUCUUUCCAUUAUUUCAUUUUUUUAAAAAAAGUCUGGAAGGAGAAGAAAGUAAUACUUCUUAUCUUAACACAGGAUACAAACCCAAUUUUUCUCUUCAACAAAGAAAUGAUCUUGUGUGAACGUCCUCCAGCUAUUCCAAAAACAACAUUUUCAGCAGAAAAUGAGAUGGAAUUAAAAGUGGAAGAAUCUCUUAUGAUGCCUGCAGUUUUUCACACGGUAGCUUCACGGACACAGCUUGCUGUGGUAAGCAAUUUCAGACCCUUUAACAAUUGGGCUGUGUUAAAGCAUUGAGCACUCAGUAAACUCUCUCAAAUUGAAGCUAGCUGGACAUGUUGCUGCUUUCAUGGUACGAAGUUUUACUUUUGGUACUCUUCUGUUUCAUUUUGUGGGGAUGGAAUAGUAUCUUUUGGAUUUUGACAUGCUGGAUUAAUCCAGGAGUCUGUAAACAAGUUUUGAAAUGUCCUCUGUUUGUAGGAGGUUAGAAGUAAUGAUAAAGAAGGCUGGUAUGGUAUGGCAGGGUGAACUGGUGUGGAAUAAGGAAGGGAUUGUGGCAUGAAGCAGAAAUGUGUGAUUCCAUAGACUGUUUUAGAAAUUUUAAUCUUGGUAAAUGCCCAGAAAACAUUGCAUUUGCACCUACCUUUAGUUAGUACCAUUUUCUCUUGAGUAUUUUUCAAAAUUACAUUUUCUUUGAAUGGAAGACCACCAACAUGUUUGCAAUAAAAGUGGUAUUUCUGAUGCAAAUACACUUUGUGCUAUUUAUGGAAGUGCAAAUAGAUAUGUGUGUUGCAUGAAAACUACAUGGGUUUUCAUAACUUUCUGUAAAAUGCUUUGAGACUUUUUUAAAAGUUGGCAUAUAAAUCUUAUGGAAUAAAUAUGAUUACAAUUAGGUAUUUUAGAUGGUUUGUUAAGAACAGAUUUCAUUUUGCCUUGAUUGGGUGGAUAAAUCCUUUGCUACUGUGGGAUCCAGUACAUUCCAAAAGUGCAUCAAAAAGUGGUCAGCCAGAUGUUUCAAAGAAGCUUAAUAAGUAGCAUGUGAUGGACAAGGGUGAUUUGAUAGCUCAGUUUCUGCAGAAGAUUCCAGGUUAAAUGUGUGGCAUCUUCUGUUAAAAGAUCAGCUAGCAGGAGGUUGGGAAAACUCUUUCUGAAAUCCUGGGCAGCCUCUCCCAGUCAAAGUAACUACUGGGUUAGAUGGACAAAUAUUCUGGUGGAGCUUCCUAUGCUCCUUCAUAGCCAUAUCAUGUUUCUCCCUAACAGCUAGUAAUCAAAGGUAUGCUACCUCUGAACAAAGCAAUUUGUCCUGCCUGCAUUUAUUUAACCCUAGCAUUCAUGAUAUUCUGUGACAAUGAAUUUCAUAAACUUCAUUUACUAUAGGAAAAUGUACUUCUUCUUGCUAGUUUGUCCUGAGCCUGCUGCUGGUCACCUUUAUUCAGUGACCCUGAGCUCUUUGAAAAGAGAAUAAUUUAUUAUAUUUAAUGAAGUUAGUUGGUUUUAUUUCCAAAAAAUUUAUGCCACCGACAUUAGGAAAAAUAUAUAGCAAUCAACAGCAUGAAGUGAAUAAAAUUUCAUUCGUAAAACAAAUACAAAAUAUAUUACAGGCCAGUAUAUCUGACUAAUACAUCAACUUAUGAAUACAUCAACAUCGGUGGAUCACCCCUCGGACAGAAGUGAAUAGAUUUUGACAGGUGCCUAAAUACCAAUGUAAUAGGUGCCUAUCUGAUGUUCGCUGGAAGUGCAUUCCAAGGGACAGGUGCUUACCCAGAACUAACAUCAUAGCAGGAGUCAAACUUCAUUUAUUGACCCUCAUCCAGCUCACUUCAGCACCACCACACCUGAUUCACAUGCUAUAGAAAAGUAGUACUGGGUGUUGUUGAUGUACUGAUGAGGGCCAAUCAGAGAGAAUCUUGGAGUUUUACACAGUCUGGAAGUAGGUAGGAAGUGCUUAUUGGCACCUAGCCAGGACUUGGGAAUAUCUAAAAAAGCUGGAGGAGAUUUUUCUCUUGCUCUUGCAUAUUAACAAAACAUACAGUGCCUGUGUGUUGGCUGGCUUUGGAAACUGCACAGCAUAUCACCUUGUUAGUUAAAAAAGGCAGACAAGUGAUCUGCAGGGGGGGAGGCAUUUGAGUCUGUGUUGUUCUGAGCCUUCCAGGACAACUACCCUCACUCAGAUUCCUUUUGCAGGGCCUUCUACUGCACAUCUUCUCUUUGCACCAGUGAAUCAUUUUCCUCCUAAGGAAUAUUUAAUAAAUGCUUUUAGUGUUUCAUAUAUCUUAACUUGAAAAUGUCGGAAUUUUUUGCAUCAUGUUUUGCAACAAGUUGAUAUGUAUGUCUAGAGCGCUAACACGUUAAUGUUUAUGUUGUUUUUGCACAGGAAAUGUAUGAGAUUGCCAAGAAACUUUGUUCCUUCUGUGAAGGCCUAGUCCAUGACGAACAUCUUCAGCACCAAGGCUGGGCUGCCAUAAUGGCAAAUUUGGAAGAUUGCACAUAUUCUUACCAAAAGCUGCUUUUCAAGUUUGAAAAUGCAUAUUCAAGUUACCUGCAGUCCAUAGAUGAUAUUAAGCUGAAACUUACACAGUAGGUUUGCCAUUAGACUCCUCAAUAAAAAGCUACCUCUGCAUAGUCGCUUUACUGAAAACUAAGGUUUUAUGGGGGGUUUUUACAUUUACAGUAAAUUAAAUUUAAUCCUGUUCCAGUGUCUUUGCACUAAUUGAAAUAAUAAACAGUGCUAAUGGUAUUAUUUAUAGAGGUUUAAUUUUGGAGUUAAGGCUAUAAACCCAAACUUAAAUCUCACCGAAUUCUUACUUUUGAGUAGAUAUGUACUGGGAUUGCACUGUAAAAAAAAAGUAAGUUUUCCUAACCUUUUUUUCUUCAACACUCCAAUGCAAGACUGUGACUGGCUCAAGGACACCCAGGGAGCUUCACAGUUAAGGAGGAGUCCAACACUCGAACCAUCACACUACACUGGCUCAUCUGAAACCGUUUGCUAAAUAGUGUUGCACACGCAUACGUAAAGGUUUUAGCUCUAGUAAAAAAUAAUCCUAUUCAGGAAUUCAGGAAUUGAAUCCAUGGAGUACCCACAGGGUUGUAUGUGCCUUCCCUGCUGCCCUUUCUGAAAGGGGCUUGUAAGCACAUUCAGCUGAUCCCAGUUACAGAGGGUUCUCAGUCACAUGGGAGACUGUACCCACAUUCAGCUGGAGGCAGUUACAGUUCCCCGUCAGACGUUCCUUCAUAAUGUUGGAUGGUUGAGUGGAGAGAGCAGGGUCACUGCAAACCCCUCCAUGGAUACAAUUAAUGAACAUCCGAAUAAGGCUCAAGUCACAGUCCAAUUCAGAAUAGGUUUGAAUAUUUAAAUUUAUAAGGAAGCAUUUCUUAAUUGGAAAAAAUUGAAGACUUGAGUAUUAAAUUGUAUUGAGGACACCUUUGAGAGCAUAUUUUUAAAGUAUGUUUGCCACUAUACCUCAGUUUCUUUGUACUUAAUAGAUUUUUGUGUGUGUUCUUUUCUCAAGCUUAGGGGCUGCUGUUUCGAUAAUGGCCAAGAUCCCACUCUUGGAAAGCUUAACCAGACACAGUUACCGGGAAUGCUUAGAACGACUAGAUUCUUCUGCUGAACGUGGUGGGACAGAAAGUGAAGACACUGAGAAUGAGAAGUCAGCUGAAGUGGCACUUUCUCCUGAAAUGCUUAAAAUGAACAAACAAUCGCUGUUAGCAUCAUUUUGCAAAUCGGUAGAGCACGCAAUCCCAGAUGGCACACCCUCCGAAAAAGUGGAUGAGAACAGCCAAGCCAGUCAAAAUCCUUCUGUUCAGGACAGUGAUGCUUCAGUGGAACUUAAGGAGACUGAUCUGCCUUCUUUCAAUGUCUCACUUUUAGACUGGAUAAAUGUUCAAGAUAGACCUAAUGAUGUUGAAUCCUUGGUCAGAAAAUGUUUUGAUUCCAUGAGCAGAGUAAGUUAAUGCCUCAAAUAAUGCCAUUGGGUUCUCUUCUAAUAUUUUGCGUUCUGGCUUUCCAGCUUGCUACAAGUUUAAGCAUUCUUCAUAGGAAUACGGUGAGAUGUUCUUACCAGGAGUUCUGAAUCAGAUUUUAAUAAUAGUUGUACAAUCCUCUUUCUUACUCCUACAUUGCAUGAUGAUCUUGCUGUGGUUUGUGUUUGUGGUUUGAGCGAGGUUCCCACUGUUCAUGAACAAUAUUGUUUUCACAUGGUCACUCCCUGUGGGAAUUGUGAUGAACAAAUAUCCUUUUCCUUUCUUGUAUCAGCAGCCAGUCAUCUUCUGAGAGGCUAGGUGUGGCCACUUGCUGCUAUUGUCAUUGUUAGAAAAUGGAAAUGAGCCUUGGGUCCGCUUCAGAAUUGACUUAAGUUGUCACAAUAUGCCCAUGAUGUUAACUCUGAAAUAUAUUUUAAGACUCUUUUAUGGGAAAAUAGGCUCUCCCAUUGUUAGCAUUUCUUUUUUAAAAAAGUAGCAUGGGGUCAGAAUAGAAACUUGUGGGAUACCUUAGGCAUUAAGCAAGUGUCCCCAGGACUACCUUCUGAAACCUUCCAUCUGGGAAGGACUGGAGCCACUGCAAAAUGGUCCCACUCCAUCUAGCAGUCCAUAAGCACUUUGUAGGUGAUGCUAUCUGAAACUUCUAAGAGGUCUGCUAGAACCAACAGGGAUGGUGCUCUCUAUUUAGUUCCCAGCAAAGAUCAUCCACCAAGGUGACCAGAGUAGUCUUCUUCCUGAAACCAGAUUGAAAUUGAAUUGUUCAGAGGGAGCCCACUUUCCCUUGGACAAGUCCCAAAUCUCUCAUAAUCUUCCCAAUUCAGUUCAGAUUCAUUUGAACAAUGCACACACCUGAUGGAUACAUGGUACAUGGGCUUGAAAGCUUUAGAGGCCUGAUUUAAGAAAAAAGACCAAAAGAAGCAUAUUUUGGAGACUUCUUUUGUUCAAAUGAAACAAGCUGCAAUCCUGUGCACACUUUCUUGGGAGUAAGCUCCACUGAGCAUAGUGAGACUUGCUUCCAAGUAAACUUGCAUUUGGAUUGUGUUGUUAAUCAGAAGGUUUAAGGAACUAAUUAGAGAUGACAUUUUCAUCUGCGGUUUAAAAUCUUUCAAGCUUUUGGUUUCUAAAGUUACAUAUGUGAAAUUAUCUUUCCAUGAUCCAUUGAAACCACUAAAAGUGGUUAUUCAUGCCAACUGCCUUUUUGUUUUUCAGCUCGAUCCAAGGAUUAUUCAGCCCUUUUUGGCAGACUGUCGACAAACAAUUGCCAAAUUAGAUAAUCAGAACAUGAAAGCCAUUAAGGGACUUGAGGACAGGCUUUAUGCAUUGGACCAGAUGAUAGCUAGCUGUAGCAGACUGGUAAAUGAACAAAAAGAACUUGCUCAGGUAAUGACUCUUUCAGUUUUUAUGUGAGUGGCAGGUGGAUGAUACUGUUUCCCAAGGCUACUGUAUUCCCCCCCCCCAAUAAUGUCACUAUUUUUAAAGAAUCACAAUUUUAUAAUUUAGUAUUAAGCCCUAGAUUAGUGCAACCCAGGCUAGGUAAUGUGAUUUUAUCAGAACAUGCAUUUGGAAGCUAGCCUUUUGACAGCUGUCUUUUGAAAGGUGAUGAAGAGGGUGGAGCAGAGCUGGCUGUGCCUUUAGGCAAACUGAGGUGGCUGCCUCAGGUGGCAGAAACCCCCAAGCCAGAGCCCCAUAGCUGCCCUGCCACAUCUGUGCUGAUGCAGUGGUACCUCUGGAUACGCACAUCUCGGGUUGCAUAUCCUUCAGGAUGCGAACGUGGCAAACCCAGAAGUAUUUUUCUGGGUUUCGCCACACGUGCAUGUGCAGAAGCGGUCCCUCCGGUUGUGGAAACCUUGGGAUCCGACCAGAGCUCUGGAACGGAUCCUGUCCGCAACUGGAUCUACCACUGUGUUGGCUAAAAUAACAUGAGAUCUUGUGAGUGUGCAAGAUCUCACGUGAUUCAGUGAGAUCUCCCCCAAAAUAUGUGUCAGUGUCAGGGCUGGCAGAGAAGCGGCAGUGAGAGAAGCUAGGCAGGUAAAGGUGGUACUUCUGGUUUCACCUUAAGCAGCAAAACGGGUCUCGACAGCUCAGGUGGAGGCAGAGCAACUCCAGGCACUCGUGAAUGAGACAGAUUUUGUAGGCCAGUUCCAGUCUUUAUUCAGGCCUGCUUGGGGACCAAACCAGCUCUAAUCACAUGAGAGAGAAACCGGGGUGGGGAUGAGUUACACUCUUGAUUUUGUUAGAUCUCUUGAUGGCCUUUGAUAGCACUGGAUCACCACUGUGGGUUUAGGAGUAGGGAGUGCUGUUUGCAGAAGGCAGCAUUGGGUGAUGCCUUUCAGUCCCCUGGGAGUUCCAUGGUGCUACUCAGUAUAAGGGGCCAGUGGGAUCAAAUGUCAUUGGGAAGUAUUGAAGCGCAUCUCUAUUUCUCGGUAACAUCUGAAUCAGGAGGUGCUGUGGAAGUCCUGAAAUAGUUCAUGGAUUGAGGGACAGCAAACUGAAAUGAAACACCAGCAAAGAUAGAGGCCCUGUGUGAGUGGAUACUGGAUCUGAAAACUGGUCUGUUGCCUCUUCUGGAUGGGGUUGCACUUCCUCUGAAUGAACAGGUGCAUAACGUGGGGGGUUGAUCCUUGAUCCAGCAUUGCCAGUGGAAGCACAAGCAUCUAGAAAUGCCUUUUACCAGUUUCAGCUAAUAACACCAGCUGCAGCCAUUUCUGGACAAGGGUAGUUUGGUGACAGUGGUACACACAAUAGUACUAUUAGAUUUAUAGUCCACUUUAAAAUGGGGCUGUCCUUAAAUUUCAUCUAGAGUUGCUGCUAUUACAAAAAGGCUGUUGCAUGGUAGCUUUUUGAGGCAACGUAUAAAGCUUCUGUUGAAAGUAUUCCUCUGGCUGCUGAUUUGCUACUGAGUUACAUUCAAGUUCUUAUUACUGGUGUAAAAAGCCUUUACAGUUCUGGACAAGGGUAUAUGAGAAGUCACCUCUUAUACAGUUAUACACCACCUAUACAGUUCUGGACAAGGGUAUAUGAGAAGUCACCUCUUCCUCCUGUUUCCUAGUCACUGAGAUUUGUCAAUAAAGAUCUGUUGAUGGUGCCAUGUGCCCCUGCUGUAAAGCAUGCUGUGGCUCCAGUUCUCUGCAUUUCUCUUUCUUGAAAGUGAAGCGGGCUCCAGCACUGUUGCCAUUAUUUAUUUUUUUGUUGCGUGCCCUUCACCCUAAGGUCCCAGGGCAGGUUACAGUAUUACAGCACAAUUUGGAUUCGAGUUUCUCGCUCCCAUAACCCUCACCUCUUUUGCUCCUGCAGCAACUGUAAUUAAUUGCUUGCUUUAAGCUACCUGAUUUUACUCUUUGAUAAACAUUUCUCUGUCACAGUGACCCUGAGCCACAUAGGUUUAUUGUGAGAGGAGGGUGUAUUGAAGCUGCUGCCUCAAAGCAGAGAGAACGAUUGGCUGUGAACUGGAUUGGAUCCUGUUUGUGGAACUGGGAUCCAUUAAUAAUGCUGACAAUAUUAUUUUAAUUUUCCACGUAGCUGUGUGAAUUGUGCAUGACACAGAGUGAAAAUAAAAAUAAGUUCUUGAUUUUAUAAAUAAAUUCAUCCAUUAGAUUUUCAUCAAUAUGGUCAGUAGGUGGCAUUGCAUAAUAAGGCUACUUCCGCUCAACUCCAAAAUCAAAUGUAAAGCUAUAGAGAUGUUUGUGCUACUUACUUUCAUUUGUGACUUUCAUUUGGUUGUGUUUAUUUCAAUAAUGCAUAUAUCACAUCUUUUAUCCGAAAAUGCCUUUCAGGUGGCAUACAUAAAAAUUAAAUGCAAUAUUGAAAUAAACUUAAAAGUCGUGAAACAAAAAUAUAGGAAAAUUGAGAGGAAUAAACUAUUCAGCCAGUUAAAAGUACAGCAAUUUAAAAUCCCUGGGCAAAUAAAAAGGUAAUAAAAGCAAAUAAAAAGGUUGAAGCCUGUCGCUAGAAAGUAUACAGUGUUGAUUGUUUGCUUUUCUUUAAAAUCUUUGUAUUAUGAAUAUAAAAAGCUAUAUUUUAUUCAAAAUCCAGCCAUUUCUAUAUGUAGAAUACAAUGCCUUUUCCCAUAUUUAUGUAGAGACAUCUGAAGUUCUGAAGGAUUCAAAUGAUCAGCUGGUUAUGUGCUAGCAAUCCUGCCAUUGACAGCUGUGUCCACAGAUGACACACACUGUGUGUAGCUUUCAACAGCCACUAUUUGUGUUAAUUGAAAUCACUAUGUGGGACAUAACUCUUGAAGACAAAUAUUCAGCUUCACCUCAUAAAUAUAAAAUGAUUUCAUAUGUAGUUCCACAUGUUUACUAGCUGUCCAAUGUAUUUUUUCAGUGGUGACUCCCAAUUGAUGGUGCAAUGUUUUCCUUAAACAUUUCAUUACUGCCCGCUUCACUACCUUUUGGCACUAAAAGAAGACAAUCAUAUUUUCCGUAGUUUUUAAUGGACAGUCUUAUUCUUGUUGCUUUUAUUGUUUUGUGGUUUAAAAAUUUUAUUGUUGGCUACCUUGGAAGCUAACCAUGGAUUAUUAUUAUUUUUUUAAAAGCUACUUCAUGUAAAUAAGAUGCAGAAUUUUUGUAGUUUGCAAUUUCAUUAUAUAGCUGUGUCUACAAUCCUGUACAUGCUCACCUGGGACUACCAUUGAACUCAAUGGGGCUUAUUUCUGAGUAGGCAUAAGAUUGCCCUGUAGCAGAAGUAAAAACAUAAUUGAAACUCUUUUAGUAAUAAUUCACUAAAAUGGAGCAAGGUCCUUGAAACAGUAGGAAAAAUAUGUUUUAAAAUUAGCAGUUUGCAUGACAGAACAGUAUGGUUUGUUAGUCUUGUUGACAGAUGUUCUAUUUUAAUGUCAUGCAGUUAUAUAAGUAGGUUUUAACAAAUGAGGUUUUUUACUCUAGGCCAGUAAUUAAGUUAUGGUUUGCAGAAGAUGUGCCCAUUUUGCAUGGAGUACUAAAUGAUCUGAAUAGUGUUCUUGUCCUUGGUUUGUGUAUAUGAAGCUGGCGCAGAACAUUUGACAAGAUAAUAAAUAAAUAUGUAUUAAUUUCCAUUUUUAUACCACCCCCCAUCAUAUCAGUGUCACAGCAUGGGUUACAAAUGAAACAUCAAGCUCAUAGAAAUAGAGAAUUGUAGAGUUGGAAGGGAUCCCAAGGGUCAUCUAGUUCAACCCCCUGCAAUGCAGGAAUAUCAACAAAAGCAACCAUGACUGAUGGCCAUCCAACCUCUGCUUAAAAACCUCCAAGGAAAGAGAGUCCACCACCUUCCGAGGGGAUCUGUUCCACUGUCAAAGAGCUUUUACCAGCAGAAAGUUUAGUCAGAAUCUCCUUUCUUGUAACUUGAAGCCAUUGGUUCGAGUCCUACCUUGUCUAUUGAAUUGUGUUUCUUUUUAAAACUGCACAAUGUCUUGUUUUAAAUGUGACAGCUCAAAUAACUAACACUGUUUAGCUUGGUUUUGGGAUAUGCAUGGAUCUGGGCUAUCAGGGAGCAUUAAGAUGUAUUAUAAUUAAGUGAUUAUAUGCUGUGAAGACCAGGCAUCAUCAUCAUCAUAAUCAUCAUCAUCAUCAUCAUUUAUUUUUACCCCGCCCAUCUGGCUGGGUUUCCCCAGCCACUUUGGGCGGCCUCCCAGAAAAUAUUAAAAUACAAUAGUCUAUUAAACAUUAAAAGCUUCCCUAAACAGGGCUGCCUUCAGGUGUCUUCUAAAAAGGCAGUGUUUUUGUCCUGCUUUUGUUUUCAUAUCUUGCCACAACAAUGAAUUUUAAACCUGUUUUCUUACAGGGAUUUUUGGCUAAUCAGAAGAGAGCAGAGAACUUGAAAGAUCCUUCUGUAUUACCCGAUUUGUGCUUGAGUCAUGCAAAUCAAUUGAUGAUUAUGUUAACUAACCACCGAAAACUUUUAGAUAUUAAACAGAAAUGUACUACUGCCAAACAAGAACUUGCAAAUAAUCUACAAGUCCGGCUGAAGUAAGUGAUGCUGCUGCAGUGCUAUACGCUCCUCAACCAUGUUUUGUUUUGUUGUCACCAGAUUGUCAUGCAUGCAACACUACUAAAAUUAUGUUUUUAUGCAGGGAUAGGAAACCUCCACUUCAUAAUUGUCAGUAACUAAAUGGCCUGCUAUGUCAAGCAGAAAGAUCUGUUAUCACCAAUCUAAGUACUAGGUGCUAAGAUUGGAGAUAUCUGUAAAGUUCGCUCAUCUCUUUUUGGGUGGGGUGGGGGCUUGCUUUUAGUCUUGUGCAAGAAAGAUAUUUAGUUCAUAUCCGACAGUCAAACCUGAAUUUAGAUUUAAUUUUGUUAAUGUGACUUAUUGGGACAGUUCUGGGAUCUUGAACUUGGUAUGCGAUGCAUAAAUCAACUGUAUGAGAAGCUAGUGUUUUGUUUUUGUAUUUUUACCAUGCCAUUGAAGCUUGACCAAUAUGCCGUAUAAGCAAAUAUAGAUAGAUUUGUAGAGCUGGUUUUUGGCAUUCUGUAUUAUAUUCUGGUUUUUGGCAGAAAAUGAACAGAGAACUUCUCCUUUGUUUUCAAAUGAGCAAAUUGAUACAAUUCUGGAAACAGAAGUUCUGGUAGAAGCAUCCAGUGGAGAAAUUUCAUUGCUGUUAACAAUUCAGUAUGCUACAGUGAAACUUUGUAUUCCAUAGGUGGUGCUGCUUUGUAAUGCUUCAUGCUGACCAGGAUGGAGAGAAACUUCAAGCGUUGCUUCGUCUCGUAACAGAGCUGCUAGAAAGAGUGAAGAUUGUAGAAAAGCUUAGUAAUGUCCCUCAGAUGUACUGCUUGGCUGUUGUUGAAGUUGUAAGGAGAAAGAUGUUUGUAAAACACUACAGGGAGGUAAGCAACUUGAGUACAAAACCUAGAUCUCAGAUUGAAGACUUGAGGAGGGAACAUGACUGUGUGUGUAUGUAUGUUUAAUAUAAAUAUGUAUUUUUUCUUAUAGUGGGCUGCUGCUUUAAUAAAAGAUGGGAAACAUCUUUAUGAUGCAGAAAAGGCCAAAAGGGAAUCUUUUGGGAAGUUAUUUAGUAAGUAUUUUCUCUCUCUCACUCUCAUUCUUAAACCUGUAAUAUUGAUAUAUACACCACUUUUAUCUCUGAGUAAUAAUUAGGUCAUACAUUGUGGCUACCAUGUAAAGGCUAUUUUAAAUUGCAGCAUUUUGUGACUGUUUCCGUAUGUUGAACUAGUUGUGUGCAGAUAAAAACUAGAUCAUUUGGGGGGAGGGAGCUUUUGAAAACCACCACCAUCCCUUCUCUUUCCUUUCUUCCCUUUUUCUUUAUUGCUGUAGGCCAGGUGUGAGGAACCUGUGGUCCUCCAUCUGUGGCUGAACUACAGCUUGCAUCACUUUUGGUCAUGCUUGCUGAGACAGAUGAAAAUUGUAGUUUAGCAACAUGUGGAGGGCCAAAGAUUCUUCACAGCUGCCCUUGGACCUUCUCUCCCACCCCUCACCUGAAUUAUACAAUGAAAUAACCUUUUAUGUAAAAGUUGAAAAAAGGAGAUCUAUAGGUAUACAUGGAAAAAAUAAAAUGAAAUUGCCCCUGUUAAAUUUUCACAAAUAACUUGCAAUGUAGUUCUAUAUUGUUCCUCUUAAUAGAGUCCUGAGAAAGAACUGUUAGGAAAUGCAUUGGGCUCACCCCCCCAAAAAAAAAUCCUCCCCAUUUUUGUUGUUGUUUGUUUUGUUGUGUGUACACACACACACACACACACACACACACACACAUAGAGACAUACAUAUACACAUACAUACACAUAUGUGAAUAAAUCAAGUAAUAUUUAUUUCUCUGAACAGGGAAAUCUUUUCUAAGAAAUCGUUUGUUCAGGGGACUUGAUGCCUGGCCCCCAUCCUUUUGUGUGAGUAUACCAUGCUUUUUAUUUUUAAUGUAGACUUUUGGCUUUUCCCAAACACUUUGAGCAAUUAGUAUAAUUUGAAUUUAGAAGGAAGUGUGUAGCUACUUUUUGUAUUAACUAGCUUGUGAAGAAGGGGGUAUUUAGAUUCUUGGUGGCAUAGAAUGAUUACUCUGCCUCUUGAUUUAAUACUAUACUUGCCCUAGAAUAAUUGCUCUGGUAGCAUAGAUUAGUGAUCUUUCAUCCAGUGUAACCAUUUAUGUGUAUAUUUUCAUUUAAAAGUGUAGACAAAUACUUCAGGCUUAUAAAUAGUCUCUACCCUGGCUGUCUGAGGCACAAAAGAAACAACCAGGUUGGGAAGCUUAUCAAACAUUGAAUACUAUUUUCUUAGAAAUAUCUGGUCAUUUGUUUAACAAAUUUAUUUGUGGACAAGCUACUUUUGUAGAUUUGUUUACAAGCCUCAGAUGUUCCUACUUUCAGCUGCAGCUGUUUUAGUGAUCAGGAGACAUUCAAGCUCCCUGCACAGUCUUUCAACUGAUAAAUGGAAAUUAAAAUAUAUCUCAAUGGUCUUUAUUUAUAGGCUUAAAAAAAUAUCUCAGUUGUCCAAUCUAUUUUGCUAUUUAUCGUGUUCUCAUUGAUUUGUUUUACAUACAGACCCGAAAACCUCGCAGGUUUGAUGGUGAACUUCCUGAUAUCUCAUUAUCCGAUCUGCAAUUUUUGCAGUCCUUUUGUCCUUCAGAAGUCCAACCAUUACUCAGGUAAAAUGAGUUCCUAAGCAUGUGGGCAAGCAGAAAAUAGAUUGGGAUCUACUGCUAGAUCUCUGGGCAGUUUGUAGUAGAUUGGCAGUGGUUCCCAUAACAAUAAACUAGUAAAAUUGUAGUAAGAUGGCUCAGAGAAAAAAAUAAUAUCUGCCAUAGCUAGCCUUGCUUUAUAGUAUUCAUUUAUUUCCUUUGGCCAGGUAUUUGUAUGGUUAGGUGACCUAGUUUUAGAGGCUGUUAGAAUCCCUGAUCUUUAGCAGUUAGGGUUCAAACUGAACACUUUUGUGGCAGCAGGACUUUUCAUGAUAGCACAGGAUUGCCCUCCUUUGAAUACCAUAUUUUUCGCCCUAUAGGACGCACUUUUUCCCCUCCAAAAAUGAAGGGGAAAUGUGUGUGCGUCCUAUGGGGCGAAUGCAGGCUUUCACUGAAGCCUGGUGCACCGACCCCUCUCACUCUCCAGGCUUCAGGAAGCUCUGUGCAACCCUCGGGAGACCGGCUCCUGAUGGCCGCGCAGAGGUGCCUGCAGUCCCGGGCUCAGCGCAGCUCUGUGUGGCCAUCCGGAGCGGGGUGCAAACUCCCGCCCGGCUCCCGAUGGCCGCGCAGAGGUGCCUGCAGUCCCGGGCUCAGCGCAGCUCUGUGCGGCCAUCCGGAGCGGGGCGCAAACUCCCGCCCGGCUCCCGAUGGCCGCGCAGAGGUGCCUGCAGUCCCGGGCUCAGCGCACUUCUCCCCAUCGCCAGCCCCACAAGCUCGGGGGACAGCGGGGAGGUGGAGCGCGCCUUCCCGCUGUUCCCCGACCUGGUUCUUCCAGCCCCGCACCUGGGGGGGAAAUAAUUUUUUUUUCUUUAUUUCCCCCCCCAAAAAACUAGGUGCAUCCUAUGGGCCGGUGCGUCCUAUGGGGCGCAAAAUACGGUAACUGGUAAGACAGAGACAGUUGUGAACUUUUAAACAUCUUUCAAAUGUCUGCCCAGGCUUUUGGGACUCUUGGCUCUUGAUUUUUAUGUAUAUUUUUGUUUCGUGCAUGGUUUGGUUUUAUCUGUGAUAAUACAGUUGUGUUUUGUCAUUUUUAACUUAGAGUUUGGAAAUUUUGUUGAAUAUUGUGUUGUUUUAUGUAAAUCAUAGAAUCAUAGAACUGUAGAAUUGGAAGGGAUCACGAGGGUCAUCUAGUCCAAACCCCUUGCAAUGUUUGCCCAACGUGGGACUCAAACCCACAACCGCUAAACUACUUAAAGAUUUUGAAUAUGCUAAGUGGUAUAUUUUUAUAUAUAAAUAUUCUUAAAUGCAGUUAACACUUGUAAUCUGUUAAUAUCUGUUUAAUGUAAUCUGUGUUAAUUACUCUGUAUUUUUAAGGGUUCCUAUACUUUGUGAUUUCGAACCUCUCCACCAGCAUGUACUUGCUCUACAUAAUCUGGUCAAAGCAGCACAAAGUUUGGAUGAAAUGUCACAGACCAUUACAGAUCUGCUGAAUGAACAAAAGGUACCAUUGUAUUAUAUGUGUGACUUUAUAUAUGGGUAUAUUGUUGAAUGCCAAUCCUAAACACAAUUACUUAGAAAUUAACUAAGUUGUGAAGUGAAUCAGUGAGGAAUAUUUCUGAGAAAUGUAUUUUGUGAACAAGAGCAAAAAAAAGUUGCUUCUCAGUUCCUCGGCCUUUCCUGAGAGUACUCAACUUUCAGUAGAUGUUUCUUGUGGAGUGUCUCUUCUCUCUACAAGAAGGCAAACUGCCUGCAGUUGGCAGCUUAUAUAAAGUAUGGACAUACUUUAUAUAAUAUCGCAAUCAACUGCCCUAAAAUUUUUGAUUGAGAAACUAGGAGGGUUCGAUCCUUUGAAUCUUGGCAUUUUGCCAAACAGACCUUUUUAAAUGCUUUCCUAUUUUUUUGUAAAGUUAACACAACUUAUUGGACAUACUGGAACAGUCAGCUAAAAGUUGCUUUCCCUAACCUCCAAAGAUAUUUUGUGGUGCUUAAAUGUUGGGUUUCUGAAGUACCUAGGACCUCUUAUUCACAACAUUUAUUUGAAGUAACAUACUUAAUCACAAAACGUUUCAGGUUUAAACAUAGUUAAGUGUCAGUUAUGUAUUUCUGAAAGCAUCUGUUGCAAAUCCGUGAGCUUGUCACCUCAUCAGGGGUCCGUCCUUUGAUUGUUUAUUACACCACCCUUCUUAGAAAAGUAACAUAUGGAGAGACUUAAAUCAAGGAGAAAAUUUGUAAAAUAUUUAUCUUGGUGUUCUUUUUCAGUGCAUUGUUAUAGGGGCUGCUUCUGUUCAUAUUUCUGCUUCUCAGGAUAUUUUUUUUCUUGGGAAUUUACUAUUGAUAUUAAUUGGAAAGCAUUUUGCUACAAGCCUAAAUUAGGCUUGCAUGGCUAAUACUGGAAAUAUUUUUCUUUAAAAUACUAAUUGAAUGGAAAGAAAAUGUGAUACUGAAGCAGAAUCCACUAGUUAUAGUGUGCUUUUUCUGAACUCAGUCUUUGCACCUUGUUUUGUCAACACAGCAUAAAAGCUGAAUAAACAAUUAAUUUAAGGAGAUACAGCUUGAAAGAAACUAAGGUAGAAAUUACAGAGAGUGAUCAUGGCUAGAUUUCAUUCAUAUCUUUGUGUUAUGUGAUUCACUUAUUAAAUAAAAUUGUACUUCCAUAAAUGCAUGUAAACGGGCAAAUCCCAGUAAUUCAGAGUAAUGUAAUUUACCAUCUGACAAGUAUUUCAGGACCUCUAUCAUACACUAAUUAUAACCAGUUUGCUACAUAAUGUUCUAGCAUAGGAGCAGGCAACCUUUGUUGUGGGUUGCAUGCUGGUGGUCGAUAGAGCCAGAGACAAAAAUGUUCUAAAUUAACUGAUUCAGAAUAAAGGCCGCCCUGCCACAAAUAGCAUUAUGGCUACCUCAGAUUAGAAUUCCUAGUCUUCUACAAGUCUACUCAGAAGUAAACCCCACUGGUUUUGAUGUUAGUUCUCAAUACAUAUAAAAACAUUUGUUUUUAGUACAACAAGCAUAUAGUUUCCAAGCCCUUUUUAGAAAGGAAGUAAAAAUAAUUCCCAUUUUACUUCGGCAUACUAUGCACACACUUACACGCAGAACUAGAGCAUAAGCAUACCAAUUUAUUUUUGGACAGCUUGGAAGGGGGGUUAUUUUCUCCAAAGCAUGCAAGCAGGAAAAAAGUUGUUUAAAAAUUCCUUUAUGUUUUAUCAGAUAAAAUACUGUCCGUUUCAAAUAUUCUGAAAUGAUAUAAAAGUGGAGGGGGGGGGAAGAGAAAUUAAACUAGGAAUGAAUGAAACAGAAUGAAAGGAACUCUGAUGGGAUGCAAGAAUGAGGCAGCUUCAGAAGGUGCAUCAAAUGAGAUUGGGGUACUAAUUUGCUGGUGUGCCCUGGAUUAACCAUGGUUUUACUUUCUGCUACCUAUAGCUGCCAGUACGAUGUCAUAAGGUUUUAUGAAUUCCCCCUUCUCUAAUGUGAAAUCCUGCCACAUGUAUGGAGCCCACUCGAGGCCUAUCUUAGGAAUUGUUUAUGUUUAUGGAAUGAUAGUAUUUUAACUCUGGCCUGUGUUUUAUACUUUUAGGCUUCCAACAGUCAAGCCUCACCACAGUCUGUCACUACACCAAGGAUGGAAAGUACAACAAUUGCUACCUCUCCUAGAACUCCUCCACCACUCAGUCUUCACGGUCCUUUGUGCCCUCCUGUGUGCCCCCCAGGUCCUUUAGAAGAAUUGUCUCCAGACAGUAUUGAUGCUCAUACAUUUGAUUUUGAAACGAUUGCCCACCCAAGCAUUGAACAAGCCCUUAAGCAAGGGUCAUUAGACUUGGACUCACUGGCAGAAAGUCCAGAAUCUGAUUUUAUGUCAGCUGUUAAUGAGUUCAUAAUAGAAGAAAACCUAACGUCACCGAAUGUGAUAAGUGAUCCUCAAAGUCCAGAAAUGAUGGUGGAAUCUCUCUAUUCCUCAGUCAUCAAUGCAAUUGACAGCAGGCGGAUGCAAGACACAAAUAUAUGUGCAAAAGCGGAAGCUUUAGAAAAUUCUGCUAUAAAUGUUUAUAUGGAAAAAUGUAGAGAUGUUGCCGAGGAAUCUCGGUUAAAUUUAAUAAACAUAAAAGAAGACCUUUGUCAUUUUAGAACAUUUGUAGAAAAAGAGCAAUGUGACCUUUCCAGUUCUUUAAAAUGUACUUCAAUAGAAAUAAAGAAUAUUAUAGAAAAAGUAAAAUUUUCUCUUGAAAAAACUCUAAAAGAUAAACACCAGAAAGAGCUGCAAUUGGUAAAAACUGAAUAUGAAAGCAAAAUGAAUACUUUAGUUGAAGAUGGUGAAGAGAACAAAAAAAAGAUCACAAAAUUAAAAGGUGACUUAAAAGGUCUUGAAGAUGUUUUGCAUGAUAAAGAUAAUGAAUUUGCAAUAGUAAAGAAUGAAAAGGAAGCUGUUGUGUUUUUACAAAAUGAAAAGGAGCAAAAAUUGCUUGAAUUGGAAAGUCAAAUGAAGAAUCAGAGUUGUGAAAUUAAAGAACUAAGAGAGUCACGUGAAAGGGUGAUGGAGAGUUUGAAAAAACUUCAUACUGAAAACGAUGAAAAAAUGCAGCUUCUGAGAGCAGAACUUCAGACUUUGGAGCAAGAUCACUUAAAGGAACUGGAAUCCAAUCUACAGGAAAGACAUACACAAGAAUUUGAUGAACUAAUGGCUAAACACAAUGAUUGCUUAGAGGAGUUGAAAAAGGAGAAUAAACUCCGACUUGAACAAAUGCAAGAAACUCAUGCUGCAAAUGUCCAUGAGAAAGCACAACAGAUUGAGGAAUUAAAGGUCAAGGUUUCUGAACUGUCUGACUUAAGAUGCAAAUUAGAGGUUGAACUUGCACUGAAAGAGGCAGAAACAGAUGAAAUGAAAAUACUUUUAGAAGAAAACAAAACUCAACAGCAAGAUAAUCUAAAAAGUCUUAUUGACAAGGAAACUGAAAUGUUAAGAAAACAGAUUGAUAAUUUGAACCAUGUAAUACAAAUUAAUAAUGAUGAAUAUCAGGUGGGUCUAGCAGAGCUAAGAACUUUAAUGACAAUUGAGAAAGAUCAGUGCAUUUCAGAAUUAAUUGAUAGGCAUGAAGAAGAAACAAAUUUGCUUAGAACUGAAUUAAGUAAAGUAACUUCUUUGCACCAACAAGCUCUUGAAGCAGAAAAAAGAUUGGAAGAACAAAUAACAGAGUUGCAAGGUAAGCUAGAAUUGGAAGUCAGUGCCCUAGAAAAGCAAAAAGAAGAAAAUUUGGUAUUGUGUGAACAGCAAAAGAAAUAUGAAGCCACUAUCAGUAAGUUUGCAGAAGAAAAAGAGCUACUAUUAACUAAUCAUGAACAGGACAGGAAACUGCUUGUUCAAAAGCUCAACUGUGAAAAAGAAGAUGCAGUCCGAAAUGCCCUUAAAGAAUUUGAAUUGCAAAGGGAAGCUGUUGAAAAAGAACUUUUGGGGAAAAUCCAGCAACUAGAGAUGCAAGUUAAUCAGAGGUACUGUAUGAAUUAAGUUGCCCUCUAAUGCUUGAAAUAAAAUAAACCAACAGUGCUUAAUAUAAUUUGUAGUCAGUUGAGUAAGUGCAGUCUCAAACUAUAGAAUGUUUUCUCUAUUCUUGGAUUAAUGGUUCCUGCUCUUGCUCAGAUGCAUCUUGUCUCUUUAGAUAUGUUUAUCCUUUCCCCUCUUUCAAAGCAGUCCCUAAUUCCAUCAUUACAUGACUUAUGCUCAGGAGCACGUAGUUGUUUUUCUAUUGAACUUCUGUAUUCAAGCUAGUAAGUAUACAUUGUGAUUGCAAAAAUGCUGAGCUUUUCUGCUUCUUUUUAGAUAGUUCAAGCUCCUGAGUUGAGGACUUCAUUCAAACCUCCUUUUCACAUCUUCCUGUUGGGUGUAGAUUUUUUCUUUCUCUUUUUCAUCUUCCAAUGGAUAGGUGGACCUAAAUCAAUCAAUCACCCCAUGAAAUUGGUGUCCCUAUGUUAAACACAAGCUGUGUGUAAGAAAGAAUUUAAAAAUUACCUUUCCCCUAGGGUAAGAAGUUGUUGGAUAAGAGAAGCACCUUCACACAAUCUUGCAGCAUUAAUCAAGCACAAUGUGCAUUAUUUUAAAACUGUCACGUCUAAAUUCAAAAUUCUUUUUGAUUGAUAGGGCAGAAUCCCUCAUUUUUCUAGUAAAGGAAUUCUCCCCAUAGUGAAAGGGAACCUUUGGAUCCAGCUCAUAAUGUUUAUUGAUCAUGAAGGGGAGUUUGCACUGAAUGCCAGAUGGAAGUGAUACAUCUGUCCAAGCUGAGCAGACUGAAUUCCUUAAGUGAAUGAUGGAAGAAUAUUUCUGUUUUUUAAGAUCAGUCAUUGACAGCAUAAUGUGAUAUUCAUAACAAUGUUUCUGGCUGCGCACAAAUAGCUUUAAGAGUCACUGAGUUUUAUCAAUUGAGAUUCUGGCUUUUUAAAAUUUGAUUUUAAUGGGAAAGCAGCAUGGGGGAGUUUUUAAAAAUCAGUCUGGCAGUUUAUCAGGGACAAAAUACUACACAAAAGUGCUCUUAAAAUAUAACUAUAGGGCUGCUUAAAAACCGUGGCACUUGUUUUUGUUCCUAUUCACAGGACUCAUUUGUUCCCCAGAUACCUUUUAGGAAUUAGGUUUUUUUAAAAAGAUUUUGAAGCUGCCCUAUCCAAGAGUGAAAUUGAACUUUUGAUUGAUGGAUGGAAUUUGAACACUCCACAUAGGCCUGGUUCUCCCUCUCCACCCCUCUUGUUACCCAUAAAAGGAGACCAAAAACUUCUGGUUUAAAUUUAAACAGUAUCUUCGGAACUCUUAAGAACUGUAAUUUGUUUUAAACUUUGGUUAAUGAAAAUAAGCGAAGGUUAAGCUGUGGCUUCUCAAGCUGUCAUUUAAGCAAACUACCUUGAUUUGAGUUUGGAUGUCACAGGGAACCACUGUUAUUUUAAAAUGGAAAAUUGUAGGGAGAGGAGAGUGUAGAAGCCCAAGCCUCAAUACAGUCCAUUUUUCAGCAACAAGCUGUGGUUUCUCGUUACUUCUAACAGAGCCAUACAGUGAACUGUUCCUGAAGGGUUGCCAUGUUAGUCAGAUGGCGGACUCUGGUUCAUGAAAACGAAUACAACAGCAAUAUUAAUAGUCUUUAAAGUGGCACAAAAAUACGUUUGUUUACCUAAGCACAGUUCUAAGUACUGAACAGUGUUAAAAUUGGAACAUAAGAUUCUAAGAACGUUAAUAGUGUGCAUAAUUUGCAUUCAAGGAACCCAGUAACAGACUUUUCCAGAAUUAGAUACCUGUUUACCAAAAAUACUUCAGGCUUCAUUUCCUACCUUUUGAAGCAUAUAGUAGCAAAAUAAUAGUGGUAACUGUUUCAGCUUUUCUAUAAGUAAAGUGAUUAGUGGAGCAGCUGAUAUUUUAUUUCCGGGAGGCCUGAAGUGACUUUACGAAGAUCACUGGACACCACAAUGUCACAACCAAAACAAAACCCAGAUAUUUGAAAAACUUAAGAUGCUGAAAAUCUGGCAAAUGUAUUCACUUCUACAGUUCAGAAGUAGCCUGAAGUAAAAUUAUGUUCUAAACAGGUUCUUUGUACAUAUGACCUAUGUUCUUUUCCUCAAAUGAAAUACCAUGGGCCGUCUUCAAAUGUGAUGUGAUAUCGAGCUAAGUAUUUAUGCUUGUUAUAAUUACUAAUUUUCAGUAGUGAAGAUACGUUAUUAAAAAUUAUGCAGUCUAAUGAUGUCCUAUAUUUAUUUUAUGGCUGUUACGCCAUUUGUGAUAGUCAGUGUAUAUAAAUUAGACAUUUAUGCUCAUGCAUUGAAUACAUGCAGUGCUCAUGCCUGAAGGGGCAUUCCUCAGGAAAUUUGAAAGCACUAUGUACAAUUGCUUACUUGCAACUGAAAGAGCUCUUCUGUUGUUCGCUUCAUUAGAUAGCAUAUAGAAGAGCAAUUAAAUAUAUGUCUUUAAGUAGUAAUCAGGCUUGUUAAAGUUGAUUACCUAGGGUGUGGGGAUGUUGAGGGUCUAAAUCCAGGCAUGCUGAUCUUCCAACACAUGAUCACUAGUAGCAUGGUUAUUAUGUGGGCCGGGGGCGGGGGGCGGCGGCAGUGGAAGAAGGAGAAGAAGAAACAGAAGUGUAUGCAUAGGUGUGUUUUUUUUCCAGCCAAGUUUCUCUGGACAGAAGAAUUUGCUUGCAAUGAGUAAAAACAUGGGCUACAAAUCCAAGAAGCUGUUUUGGCUCAUACAAGGGGCUUCUACUAGCUUAGUGGAAAACUCAACUGUUUUUUUCUUUAAACAGAUGACCCACACAACCGAAUGCAAUACCACCGACUGCUUUUCAGUUUUUUAUUAAUGGGGGAAUAGAGAGAAGGGCUUUGGAGGAAAAUAUUAAUGAGUGAACAUGUUCACAUGCGAUCAGGCUAUUCCUCAGACUACAAGCCGUGUGUGGCUUUAUAGGUUAAGUCAGCAUUGUUGUUGUUGUUUUAAUUGAGCUAGGGAAACUAGUUUAAACCAAAGAAAUCUAUUCUUCUCAAUGGUCUUGGUGAUCUAUUUUGGAAUAGUUGAGAUCCUCCAAGUAGUCUUUAGAGGCAGCCACAUGUACAACACCUUGUAGUUUACACACUGGAUGAUAUUAGAGCUUGAAUUACCCAGUCUUUGUCCACCAAGGAGUCCUGCCACUCACAACACUAGUGAUGUGGGGUGGGUAUUUUUCCAUGGCAAAAAAUGCCUGUUUUGUAAGUUUAUUAACAAUGAAUUGAUGCCAAUUGAAAAUAAAUAUUAGACAAGCUUGGCAGUUUCAUUUUUUAGCUUUGUUUAUGAAAUACCAAAAAAACCCACACAUCCACCAAUGCAAAAUUAGAUCAUAUACCUAGGGCAUACUUUGUUUUUUAAAAUUUCAGAUUACCCUAAUUUUCAUAGAAAAUCUUACAAUUCAGUGGUAUCUGGACAACCCACAAAACUGUGCAGCAGCCUCAGGUACUUUGUACCACAGAUGUUACAGGCUGUUAAGUAAGUGGCAGAUCUUACAGCACUCCAAAGCUACAAAAUGUGCCGUAAGGAAAAGUGUAACCCAGUCCAGCACAGGUGGACAAUGUAUUCUACUCCAAAGAAAAUCUCACAGGCUUCCAUCCACCCCACCUAACUGGUAUGGACCCUGCACUCACAACCUUGACAUUAUUAGCCCAACAACUCUGACCUACUCAGCUAGCUAGACUUUGACUUCCUCCAUCUCCACUCAAAGUAUUUUCUUCCAUGAGUCAAUAGUUUGUUCAACAUGAAUAAUGAAAAGUAAGUCUAAGAUAGCUUUAUUAAUGAUCAACUACUUAGUUGUUUUCAAGGUUCUUUAGCUAAUACUUUAUAUGUACUUUAUGUUGGUUUUAGUAUGGAUUUAAGUUUUUUCUGUUGACAGUGUAAGUCUUUUUGACCGUGUAAAUUAAAGUAUUAUGGGUUAAUGAAGUAAAGUUUUUUUAAAACCACAGCAGCAGCAGCAACAACAACAAACUAGCAAUCCAAGACAUUAUCUACUCAAAACUGUUACAUGCAGGUCAAGUCAGACAUAAUGAUUUUCUUUAGGCAGCCUGCAUUUUUCUCUUUGUGUGGAACUUUUCACAUAGUGCAGUCUGGGCCAUGGACUGCCACAGGAACUUUCUUCAGUGAUCUUGUUAGUAGUUGAGCAAGCUUUUCCAUCUAGGGUGAAAUUUUAUGCAGUCAUCCUCUGUAUAGACACAAAGUGGUGGUUGGCGGGGGGGGGGGGGAGAUAUGAAAAUGUCUUGUUCUCCCUGCACAUGGGCAACCCCAUGCCUUUUAAUCAGCAAAGAGCGAGUUCAGAGUCCAGGGGGAUAGGAUAGAUGCAAGGGAGAUUUUAUUUUAUAUAAAUCUGUAUAUAUCUAUCUAUACUCUCUUUUACUCGGGGAGGGGGGGGAUAACUCUCUGUUCUUUUGCUCCAUUCCAAGAGUACACAACUUUAGACCACUUGAUGCAGGAGUAAUCUGGGGUGCUUGCUAGGGAUAAAGGCAAUCCAAAGCUUUUGGGGCAUGGUUGAGUGGAGCCAGUGCCCCCAUGGCAAAGAUCCUUGAGUAUCUGUCUGCUCACCACUCCUCUUGGCCAGAGGAAAAUAUUAUUUGUCCCUAUCCACAAGGAUGUGCACCAACAAGAUCAGGGACUAACAUCACCAGGAAACCCUUGGAAUACUUUGCUUAGAAGGUUAAAGCACUGUGCUCUGUAGAGAUAGUCCAAGGCUAUUGUUGGGGACAAAUAGAGGAGGAAGAGAAGAAGCCAGGCUCAGGCAACUGUUCAGGUAAAGGCUAACCUAUCGGCAUACGUAUAUAUAGUUGGGUGCAGGAAUGCCUGGAGGAGGGGGGACAGGUGGGAAUGUGGUGGGACAAUACAGCUUCCAGUUUCUCUCAUGUCUGCAACUGGGUGUGCUAAGCACUAGAAGCAAAUAGUGGUGAGCCAUUGUUUGGUUAGAGGGUCAUAUUAGGACUGAAAGGAGGCCGGUUCCAAGAUCACUGGCAGAUAUUGAGUCCGUCUGAUAUACCUCACAGAGUUGUUAUGAGGAUGGAAAGGAACUAUGCAUGCUGGAGGAAGGGCAGGGUUUAUUUUUAACCAGGAUUCCUCGUUUGAACAUAAUGCUAGGCUGAGAUUCUUUGAAAGUAACCUUGGCAGAAGUCCUGGAAUUAGGAGAAAGGGGAGGCACAUGGAUUUUGUUUCUUAUCUGGAAAUAAACACAGAGUUGCAGCCUUAUUUUGUAGAUUAUAGAACUUGUUUUUUUAAAUCGAGCUUUAUUAUAUUCCCAGGGGAUUGUGGAAGGGAUUUAUUGGUACCAAAGUUUUAAAAGCAAAAGUAGUACAUUUUCAGUUGUUGCGGAUCAAGCCAGUUUGUGAGGCAUGGCCACAUCAAGGCAUAAUGUGCUUAGUGCCAAGUUGUUUCACCAUAUUUAAAAUUCUAAACGUAAUUUUCAUUAGUUGAGUUUGUUGAAUUGCAUGGGAAUUGUGUAAUACCGGACUGAAGUGUUUCCACACUAUCAUCUCAGUAAGCUGAGAGUUUUUACUGUGUAAUUGAAAUGACUUGCUUAAUACGUUACUUUACAAGUAGAAUAAUUUAGCUGUCUUAACAUAUGAGAAAUGAAUCGUGGAGAAUAUUCAAGAAAGACAGUAUUGGAAGCAGAUCCAUUUCUUACAGAGUUUUCCCCAUCUCUUUAUUAAAACAAGAAUAUACAUUGUGCUUCCUAUGUGGCAUGUCAAGACCAUCGUGUAACGUGUCUGUAGCUGGAUUAUUUUGCAUUUGAAUAAUGCUGGUGGUGUACCUGAUUCACAAAGGCUCCCCUGCCUGCUAUUGUCGUAGGAUAUAUUUAGACAGCUGUUAAUUUCUCUGACUUUAGAGCAGCAAAUUGCUUGAUAGUGAAUUCCAUCUUUGCAAUCCCAUUAUACUGUAAUAUAGGGAUUAAUGCAAGAUUAGAUCGAAACUAAAUUUAUUGUUCCUCCUAUAACCAAGAUUUAGUUUCAUUUUUAGGUGUUUUUUUUUACUCUCCUAUCUUUCCACGAACACACCAAUUAUUUGCACAACAUCUGAACUUCCUCCUGCAAAGUCAAGCAAAAGAAGGCGAACACACUGUGCGCUAAGAAUCUUGCUGCUCUGUUUGUUAAAAAAAAUAAGAAAGGCUUUUUCAUACAUUUAUCAGGAAUGUUUCCCCUUGACUAGUCAGAAUUUUGAAUUUCUUAACUAGGGAAACACCAGAUAAAGUUAUAUUGUGGUUUAAGGUUUCCCUUUGUAGUUUGUUCGUAGCAUCCUGGGCUGGUCAUUUAAAUUUUCAAUGUUUUCCUUUUCCUAGUUCGGUUGAAUCAUCUGCAUCAAGCUUAGUUGCAGAACUUCAAGAAAAACUUCAGGAAGAAAAAGUGAAGUUUUUGGAGCAGCUUGAAGAACAUGAGAAAAGAAAAAAUGAGGAAAUGCAAAACAUUCGAACAUCACUCACUGCAGAACAGCAGGUAGACGAGGCUGUUUCAAGAUUUCAGAUUAGAUACACUUGUGAGGAUGCUUUAAAGUAACUGGGAGCUCCUUUGUUUUUCACAGCCUUCUUAGAAAUUCUCAUUCCUUAAAAUUCCAGGACCUUUUGAUGGUUUCCUUAUGUCUUUAGCUUGCAAAGGGAUUAUUGCCUAGCAUUUCAGGCUAGUACUGGUUUUCUGACGUGUCACAUACAGUCACUGCUUGUUCUUAUACAAUCCCUGUUCAUUUGAGUGGAGUUUUCACUGGGGUCCCAAACAACUUCCAUUGCAUGUUUGGCAAUUGUGCCACUACAUCUGAAAGAUGCUGGCACAAGGAGACAAAUGAGCAGCUUGGACAACAUCAAAAUUGGAUGCAUUCUGGGCUUAUGCUUCUAAAAAGUAAAAUCAAUCAAUCAGUCAAUCACUAUUAAUUGUUAUUUCCAAAAAAGAUUUUUACCCUGCUUAGUCAAAGAAGGCUCAAAAAGCAGCUUACAAAUUUUGAUGAUGAUAAGACAGUCCCUACAGCUCACAGUUUUAAUGAGGUAUAGCACAAAAAAGAAAAGGAACGGGGAAGGAGGUGGGGAAAGCAAGCUGGGACUGAAAAAUACGAAGAAGCAGAGCCAAAAGUUCCCAGUCUUUCAGUCUUACCUCUCUCCCUCUCCUGUACCUGAUGGAAUGGCUUCUGAUAGAUGGCUGCUGAGGGAGGAGGCCAAAGCUGGUACGUUGUAGCCUCUUCAGAGAUUGAAAAGUUACAGUACCUAUUUAUUUUUUUCAUGUCAUGUAUAUGUACAUUGUAUUGCUUAAAAUAAUGCUGAUUCUGUAUUUUCAGACAACGUUUAACACUGUUCUAACAAGAGAAAAAAUGAAAAAGGAGAACAUAAUAAAUGAUCUUAGUGACAAAUUAAAAGCAAUAAUACAGCAGCAAGAAAGGGAUAAGGGUAAGCAUGUGCUACAAAAUGUUUUGUACAUGUAGUUUGAAUCCAAUUAAUUGCUCUGCAAAAUAUCAGAAUAUUGAAUAUUACUUGUUGGCUGCCUUUUUCUCAGAUCUGAUUGAAAGUCUUUCUGAAGACCGAGCCUGUUUACUCGAAGAGAAGAAGAAACUUGAAGAAGAGGUUAAUAAGCUGAGAAGUAGCAAUUUUGUUCCACCAGCCUGUUUACCGCCUCCUUCAGAACCUCCCGGAGCUUGUGCAGCUGAUUUUACAGCAGAAACUGAGCGAUUAACUUCAGAUACCACAGAAGAAGGAAAAACGGAUUCCACACUGGAGACAAGCAUGAUGGCUGUAAAGUUAGUACACAAGUAUCGAAAUAGAUAUGUAUCUGAAUGUCAGUAGGCAUUGUUUGGAAUUUUUUAUUCUUAUUUGAAAUGUUUGAAAAUGCCCCCCACUCGGCUGUCCUGUGAAGCAACUCAAAUCUGAGGUGAAUAGGCUGUGGGUGCAAGGCUUUCGGACAACCUGGAAUUCUUGGGGGAAUUUGUAUUUAUAUUUUGAUCUGAUUUGAUACAUUUUUACAUCUCCUCCAGAGACAGACAGAGAGAGGAGUAUAUAGUUUUGUGAAUGACAUCUUUAUUUCUCAGGUUUCUUAGGUUAUCAACAUUCUCCUUUUACUUCCAGUUACAGUAUUUAUUUUGCUGUGAGGGAUAAAGCACAUCCAUCUACAUCCUGUUUGGCUUUGGCAGCAGGUGACUUUGGUGCAAAGUUGAACAGAAAACAAUAUUCUUUUUUAAAUGCCUCAAAUAAUUUUCUUUAUUCAUAACUCUAACCCAUGCACCAUCCUUCUAUAAUUUUUGCAGAGGCCUUAUAUAGUGGCACAUUUUCAAAUUUUUUGGUCAUAUUCAUGGAAGUUGUUUGCAAAAGUACAUAGGAAAUCAUUGGACCUCUUUUUAGAAAACAAAAACACCUCAUACUUUAAAGGGUCCAAAAUCUGAGAGCUUCAUUCCCUCAGAAGUGACUACUGUGCCUAUAAAUAUCAUACAAUUCUGUCUUAAAAAAUGAAAAUUUAGACUAUACUGUAGAUGUCAUAGGAAUUGUUGGUUUUUACCCUAUGUCUUGGAUCCAGAGUGAAACAUCAUGUCAGUACAAGCCACUGACCCAAAGCAACCCCCUCUUCAAACCAACCAGGAAGGUCCAGAAUAUUUCUUCUGGACACAGCCCUACUAUAUUAGCACAUGGAAGUGUUUUCCAUGAACUUUGUUAUCAUGUGAAAAAUAAAAAGAACUCACAUGGUAUAAAGACUCUUCCACCUCAAAAAUGGUUGCUGAACUGCCUUUGAAAAUCCAAAAGAGCACAGUAGAAAUACCAUGCAUGUUUUCCAAGGCAUUGUGAUUAAUUAAUCUGCUUGGAUUCUUCGCUCUUUUUGUCACCUGCUAUUUAGGAGCGGGGAAUAUACAGCAUGUCAGAUACACUGGAGACACAAUGUAGCAUGUCAAGAUGAAUAUAAUAUGGCUUAUCUUCAUUUUCUUGUGACAUAUUAAUCUACUAAAACCCUCUAUUUGACAUAUUUUCUCAUUAAUGAAGCUGCGCAUCUUGUUAACCGUUUCUUAUUUUAUUUUUAGUGAAAAUGUGCAGAUUUUGUCAGAGGAAAAACAGAGGAUAAUGAUGUUAGAAAAAGUGAGUAGUUUUUUGCUCUGGUUACCUAUUUAUUGCCUUCAAGAGAGAUUAGGAACCUCUGUGUUCUGCUUCAUGUAUUAAUGUAUUGUCAUACAUUUGCUGAAAUAAGGUGGACUGGAACCACAUGGGAGCUAACAAAAGCAAAAGUCCUAACUUCUUCUCGUCCACUGUGAUUGCCUUUUUUCUUAUGCAUACUGCUACUGGUUAUUUAGGGAACUGGUUAUUUAGGGAACGUUUGCCUGUAUUCAGGUUGUUGUAAGAAUGUUUGUAAGGGCUAUCUAUAUCUAUUGUAGUGCUAAGCGACUUGUUCCCUUAGUGCAAGGAACUCUACUCCCCUCCACCCUAAAUCUGUUCUGGGAGUUUAUCCCAGAUUUGGGAAGGGUGUGGGUUGUGCUCAGGCAGAGGAGACAGUUCCAUUGCGCAAGCUUAUAUCCUUCUGUUAAUGGAGUGAGUGCAUUGGAUGCCACCCUUGAACCCUCUGAUUUUAAGAUACUUGAAGAUGCUUAUUUGGAAGAAAGACAAAUUCAUCCAUUGGCCCUAUCCAGAGUCGUACACACACAGCAGCUUUAAUGAUGCUGAAUUCUAUUUUGGAUGCAUGAUGAGCCUGAGUUGCUAUUUGACAUAGCACAAACAGUUCCCAAAGCACUGACAAAAACUGUGUGUGCAGUUCGAAGUGCUAGAUGCAGAGAUCCAGCCCAGGAACUGCAUGUGCAGCACUUGUUUGCACAUGUGGAUCCUGGUCAGCCAGAGAUAUGCUCACAGCAGCAUAACCUUUGCUCACAGGAGCCUGUUGUGUUUUUGUUUUUUGCACAAGCCUACCUUGCUACCAUGUUUGCUGUUUAUCGAGCAAACCUGUUACUGUGUUAUGUGUAAUCUGUAAGAUCUGUAAGUUAAUUGUCCUAUUAAUUUUUAACUAAUGUAAAUUAAUUGUCCCAUUCUUAAAUCAAGUGAGUUCUAAAGUUUUACUUUGACAAGUGUCUCUUUAAGUAUUACUGAGUAGUAACACAACUGUUACUGCUGCUAUUCUGCAACUGGAUGACUGAAAGCAUUUCCUCAUUUUAGGUGCUUAGAACUAUUGGAUCAGAGUCAAUACUACCCUUUUAUAUUAGGACAUUUAAACUGAUUCCUGUUAAACUAGAGACAUAGGAAUUAUUGUAGUUGCUUUGGCUUUCCUAUUAAUACACAUUUCAUCGUUUACUGAGAAAACUCAGGGAUGUAACACAUGCUUUGUAUCCAGAAAGCCCCAGGUUUAAUCCCUAACACCUGUAGUUAAAAAGAUGUCAAACAAUGACUGGUUAUAGAUGUGUUGACUGGUUUUUAAACUUGUAAUACAGAUCUCGCCUACCCAGCCAUAUGCCAGUAAAAAAGGGAAGAUGAAUACUUGGAUCUCACCCACCUCCAGUCAAAGCUGGUGUGGUGAUGGUGGGGGAGCUCAUCUAUAGAGAUGACUUGUUUUCAAAUUCCUCCCCUGCCCUCAGACUGCAGGUCAUAAAUUGCGGUUGGGACGUGUCUUGGAAGCUCGGACACCAUGGGCCAAAUUAAUUUAACCGCAUCAAAGCUUUGAGAAUUUCUUCUAUCAUGCAACUUCUUUGCUAGCCAAUGAGAGAAAAUUUAAUUUUCAUGAAAUCUAAGCUAAAUUUCCAAGUUAUGUAACUACUCGGAAGAAAAAUGAUUCAGCUAUGAACACCAUUAUUUGAGUUCAUACUUAAUAGAUGGCACAGCUGGUAUGAAUUUCUGUUCCAGUAGGCCAAAUCUGAUCUGAAACAUAUUCAAACCCACUAAAGUAUUUGGCACAAUAAAUAAGUGUGGGUUAUACACUUAGCUGCACACACACACUUACAUCUAUAGUGUUUUUAAAAAAUUGAGCCUCUAGCAACACAAUCCUAAACCUGCUUACUCAGACUGUAAGUCGUACUGAGAUAAAUGAGCCAUCCUCUCCCACAUAAGUAUAGAAUUGCAGGCUUAAAAUAUUGAAAACAUGCAUAUGAAGUUAUAAAACUAAUAUAUGUAAAACUAUAUUUAAACAAAAUGUUGAAAGGUUUGUGUUAUGCUGUUUUAUAGACGUUGCAGUUGAAAGAGGAGGAAAAUAAGAGGCUUAAUCAAAGAUUGGUAAGCAUAUAACAAAAUUAUGUGUUUAGAAAACAAAUGUGGUUAAACAGGUAGGUUUUUGCCACUCUUGGCUUGUGGCAAUGAGACUUAACUCAAGAGGGUAUGCCUUUAUAAUACAGCGUUAAGCCAGGCUACAUUUGGAUGUGAUGAUCCUUGUAAUUGAGAGGCCCAAGAAAACUGUUGAGGAGUAAAAAAUAAUAAUUAAACCAAUACUUUCAAAGUGGUGGGGAGAGCAAAUAUUCCUCUUUUUUGUUUAUUUGAUUUCUCUCUUUUUAAAAAAAUCUAAGAUAUUUCAGAAUUUGAGGAUGGAGUAGUUUUUCAAAGAAACAAGGGAAAUUAUUCAUAUGUAUGUUCUUUUGUGUGUGUGUAUUGCUUGAAAAUAAACUUAGCAAUAUAUAGUGAGGAACAACCUUGCCAGAAGCAGUUCCAUGGGAGUUGCUAGGAGCUGAUCUAGUCUAAGAUGUAUGAUCUAGAAUUGUGAUGCAUUAGUCUAGAAGCAUGAUGUCAUAACAGGAGACAUGGGGUUCUGGAACUCAUAGCACUCAUGAAAGCUGCUGGUAUUGCAGCACUACGAGUGUUUAUUAGAUUUAUUUAUGUUUCUGUUUGUGAUUUGUGUAAAGGACUUUGACUAGGUAUGCAGUGGUGUUCAUUUAGGGAUGGUUGGCAGUAGACUUGAUUGAUUAAAGGUUAUUUCAAGAAGGCUUGUCCCUCAUUGCUGAACUUCCGCACAGUGUACAGCCAUCAAGGAGUGCUGGGAGUAUAGAGAACAUGCCUUAGAACGGGUAACCUGCAUAGCACCCUCCAGAUGUAGUCGGUCAGGGAUGAUGGGUGUUGUAGUCAGUCAGCCAUGUUGCCUGGGACUGAUGGAAAUGAUAGUGCAGCAAAAUCAGGAGGAAACCACAUUGGCUACCCCUGCUAUUGAUGCAUCCCCAAAGGCUCUGCAAAACAGAGCAUAUUCAGCAGGCAAGCUGGAGUCUUGCCUGGUUUCUUUAAUGAGAUUUUGUAACCACUUCAUAGGAAUAGAAGUAUUAUAGAAGUUUUCUAAUUACUUUGAAAAUAAGAAUCAGUGAUAUAGUAAUAGUUUUGCAUAAUAAUGAUGCAGUUUUCACUGGAGGUAUUUGUCACUGGCAUUCUAAAAUACUAUUGGUUGAUCCAACUUAGUACUACAGUAAUCAUCCCAACAGCACAACAGAAUGUUCUCUCCUUCUCUUCCCCUUGUAUACCCCCUAAAUCUGAUCUGAGGCUCUCAUAACCCUCUGGAGCAGAUUUGAGGAUGGUGCAGGCCAUGGGACAGGGUGAGUCCCAUUGUGUUAAUGGUAAUCCUUGUGUGAGUGCAUUUAUUGAGUUGACUACCAUCCUACAUAAUCCUAUCCACUUUUACUUGAAAAGUACGUCUCACUGAUUUAAAUAACUUGCUUCUAAAUGUUUGUAGCCAAACUUUCAUUUAAUGGCAAACUUUACUUUUUCCCCUCAUGUGAAGUCUAAUAUAUCUUAUAUUGUGUUCAGCUGAACACUAACAAAGCUACAAGAGAGCAUUUGGCAGUUGGAUGUAUGAUUUAAAGACCAUUUUUUGUUAGUAACAGAAGUUUCACAAGGGGAAAACAGUAACUUAAUUAUUUCACAAGUAAGCACGAAUAAUCUAAAGCUAGUUUUUGCCAGUCCAUGGGUAAUUAUAGCUGCUACUUGGUUUUGAAGCAACUAAUGUAGCAGCCAAGAGCAUGACUGCAUUUUUUCUUGAUACUCCCAAGAUUUUAUCAGCAAAUGCUUCCUUUCAUUUACGUCAUCAUAAAGAAGAGAUGUGAAGUACAUUCUCUCAGCUCGGAUGUACUGUGAGAGCAAGGAUUUAAGUUCAGUUUUCCAUUGAUUGAGUGUUAUUUUAGGACCCUCUUAGUAUCUACGAGCUGCGGUAAGGAAACAGACCUCUUUCAUCUAGAGUCACUGGAGCAUGUCAUUUUUGUGACUGAGACUAUGAAAAACCCUGAGUUUAAAUGUCAUAAAAUAAAGGAAAGAUUCUAAAAGGUGUGGGGUGACCGGACAAAAGCAUAUAUAUUCAGCUUUUAUGUUCCAUAUGGACAAAAAGUUACACUGUCAACAUAGCAAAACACAAAUUGGUUGCCUCUUAAUAGCCCUAUCGAGCAUGUAGAUCUUUGAAUCCAGGCCAAUAUGUUGGAGAGAAAGCCUAACAGAGAAAACAGAUGAUAAAAGUAAUUAUUUUAUAUAUUGAGACUUAAGACCAGAUCUGGUGAUGAGGCAUAGUUUUUAACAGCCUUGUUUAAAAUUGUGAUGAAAUAAGAAAGCAUGUUAAUAAACUUAUUGUUGGUGGUUAGACCUGAAAAUGCCAUGAAAGAUUUUUACAAUACAGUGGUACCUCGGGUUAAGUACUUAAUUCAUUCCGGGGGUCUGUACUUAACCUGAAACUGUUCUUAACCUGAAGCACCACUUUAGCUAAUGGGGCCUCCUGCUGCCGCCACGCCGCCAGAGCACGAUUUCUGUUCUCAUCCUGAAGCAAAGUUCUUAACCUGAAGCACUAUUUCUGGGUUAGAGGAGUCUGUAACCUGAAGCGUAUGUAACCCGAGGUACCACUGUAUUAAAAAAGUGAUUUCCCCCCAUUACUUUCUGUUUGUUUCUUUGAAAUGGUUGUGCACAGAAUGGUCCUUGGAAAAAUUAUACUUUUCCACACAAUAUAAAACUUCUCUUAAAUGAUUUUGAUGCGUCACUGAAUAUGGCUUUCAGUGUUUGAUGUAAGUGUCCAUGCUCUUUUGGUAGCGAUGUGGAUGCUGAGCAUAAUUUGGUCAGCUUUUGAAGGUUUUCUUUCCCUUUUGGUGUGUGGGGAAUAGUCCUGUUGCAGUCUUUUCAUAGGCAUCUGGUGAGAACAGCAUACUGAGCUAGUUGGACCUUUGGUUUGAUACAGCAGGACUCUUGUUAUAUUCUUGCCCAUUUGACUCAGAGUGAAGUACUCACUCCAAGCCCAAACAAUAGGGGUGAGCAACCUUUUUGACCCCAAGGGGCUGUAGGCAGGAUUGGUAGUAAGUUGAGGACUGCGUGCUUACAUUCAUGUUUGUGUGUGCACAUACAUGCCCUACUGCCACACACAUCCUCACACAGAAACCUUGUCACAACCUUCCCGUCACACACUUUCUUAUACAAGUAAUAGUAAAAAGGAACUUGCUGCCGCCGCCACCAUCAUCCCAGUGCAUUCACACAUUUUUGUUUCAUUACUGAGCCUCUGUCCUCAUUGCCUUCCUUUUUAAAAUUGAGUUUCACAGUGGCAGGUCAGUACAGUACCAGCUAUUCAGUUAAUGCCAUUCAAAGUUAAAUUCAGAACAGGUGAAUGAUCAUGAUCAUCACCAUAUGCAGACUCCCAGUUGGAACUCCUGAGUGUAGCUGAUCCCUGCAAAAAAUCUAGCACCAGUGCAAGAUGUGCUUUUGGCAGGAAUCUUUGUGGCCCCACUCAUCUGUCAAAAAUAGCCUGUGGAGAGUGAACCAGUUUUGCAUCCAGGCUAUUGGUUAAAGAGCUCUCCGGCUAUGGUCCUGAUAAAGAGCAUUCCUUUAAAGCUUUCAUUCAUACUGGAAGGAAAUCCUUCACUGGUGUCUUGUGUGUCCCUAGGCAGUCUAAUAAGUGGUAAUAGAAUUAUGUUACAAUACUGACCCUAUAGCCAGAAUAUGUUGCACAAACCCUUCAGAAAAGGAUAAUAAUAAUGCUUUCUCAUUUUUGCAGAUGUCUCAAAGCAUGUCUUCGGUGUCUCUAAGACAUUCUGAGAAAAUUGCAAUCAGAGAGUAAGUAUGGGUGUUGAUAAUGGUCAAGGAUUUUUUUUUCUGUUUUAUUGAAUUCUUUUUUUAAAAAAAUCCUCCUCUGGUAAAUGCUUUUUAAAGUUCUAAUUGAGUGCAGACUGAAAACAGUAUAUCUGAAAAGCUAUUGAGUGAGUCAAUUCUCUGCCUUGGUUUAUUUAAUUGUUCCUAUUGUUUUAGGCAAGCAUCUAAUUGCCCCAGCCCACCCUGGGUGUCUUUUUGAAAAAAUGCAUUGUUUGUGUUGGGAUAGAUAAUAUCCUAGAAUUAUACUGCCAAAUACAAAAAACCUGGUUGAUGUCAUUCAGGAGAUACUGGUCUGCAUCCUUAAGGGAGUACUCUCCAGUAGAGGUUCCCCACACACAACUGUGCAACUGAAAGUGAGGAUUUGAACCUGUCUUCCCACUUCUACUCCGAUACUACCUACUGCACAGCACUGGCUGUAUUUUUUAGAACAACAGCCCACUACAUAUGUACUUUUGUUUUACAAAGUCAUAUAGAAACGCAUAAUGGGAUGCAAUUUGUUUUAUAAAGUUGUCCUGAUCCUCUGGCCCAAAGGAGGGCUUGUGGAACUGGUCAGAUGCAGGGAUACCAAAGAAGGAUGUCAAAAACGCCAGAGUGACCAGUUCUGGUGCUUUAUCUAAAAAAAGGUGGGGACUUGCAGCCAACCAGCCUGCCAGGUCUCCCAGCCUUUACAAAAGUGGGAUGGACAUCGCAGUAAGGAGGUGGCUUGUCCGCACCCAAGGAGACAUGUAUACAUCCUUUAUGCACAAAGCAACAUAUGUGAGUUUACCCAGAAGCUCCCAUCACACCUGACCAAUGAGGCCAUAGGUGGCAACUGUCCAAAGCUUCUCCCUUCUCUGGGCCUAGAGCCCAGCACCCCAAAGCCCACAGAUAAGCACAGCAUCAAAGCAAGCCAGUUAGCAUAUAUCAAAGCAAGUGAAUAUAAACAUCUAUGAGCUCAUUCGUGCAACAACUGCCAAUUAGUUUGGGGUUAUCUUGACUACCAAGACAGUGUCUGCAGGCCUUCCAGAACAUUUCACCUUUGGUUCAACACAAAAGUCCCUGAUUUUGGCAACAUGUCCAUACCUAGCUGGUGAAAGCAAAAACUACAUAAUGCCUUAAAAGCAUAUCACGGCACCAAAGUGUGUAAAGGGCAUAAUGACUCAGGCUGCAAUCUUGUGGUCCCUUUCCUAGGAGGAAGCCCACUGAACUUAGUAGGGCUUUCCUCUGAGUAAACAAAAAUACAAUAGUGCUGCUUUUUUUCUGAGGCUUGUAUUUUUUUUAUGCAGUUUUCAGGUUGGCGAUUUGGUUCUCAUUAUUUUGGAUGAACGUCAUGACAACUAUGUAUUAUUUACUGUUAGCCCAACUUUGUAUUUCUUACACUCGGAAUCUCUUGCUGCACUGGAUCUCAAACCAGGUGAGUGUGGUAAGUGUCAUAACUCUGGAGAGAAUGUUCUUCUGGAGCAUUUAAAUAUUCAGUCUUGCAAUAAUCUGCUUAAAAUUUAUGUUUGAACAUGUGAAUGCAUGUAUUACAUAUACAUGUUGGGGCCAGUAUAUAUAUAACAGCUGGCUAGUGCAUGAUUAUUAUCAUGUCUUAUGAAUAAUGUGAACAUGAGGAGGGAAUUGUGCACAUUUUCCAGUCAAUAUAGAUACUUUCCAGCAGGACUUAUUGAAUGCUUACAAGUUGAUAGUAUUUUGUACAUAUAUUUUCCAUGCAUUAUCUCCAAAGGUAUUUGAGUGGGGCAUUGUAUACAACCUAACUGCAUUUUUUACAUUUUCUGGGCAAUGUGCACAUUUGCCAGCCAUUAUGCAUAUGUACCAAGAAACAUACCCAUUGUUUCUCUCUGUAGUACAGAGGUAGGCAAUCCGUUGCUGCAUACUACAUGCAGCCCACUGUUUUAAUUUUAUGCAGCUUGUGAUGUCCUCUCCUGCCGAUGAACUGAGCAGUGGGAGAAUGAGGGUGUAGCCGCAGUCUUUUUUCUCCUGCUACUUAAGUGUUCUGUGCAGAUUAGCUGAGCAACAUUGAGGAUGGAGGUUUAAUGCUUUGCUUCUCUAAUGAGUAGUAGGGAAGCAAUAUCUAUGGGUGGGUGGAUUUUAGGAAGGUGGCAUGAAAAAGAUGAAGAAUCAAAGUAUGCCCCACUAAUUAAUGUCCAUGUAGCUUUAAAGUUGUCUAAGGAAGUUUCCUAUGGUGCUCGGUUGGGCAACUGAAGUGUAGCAGAGAUGAAGGUGAGCUGUCUGCCUGCUUUUAUCUUCUAUUGUUCCUUGGUGAGAGUAGAUCCCUCUUAACACACCAUACAAUAAACCAAUUUCUUCUGUCAGUAUGUCACAAAAAGAUGACAAUAUGCCACUAUACACAUUUUUGCCAUUAUACACUUUUUCAAAUUCAAAUGCAAGAUUAUGAGUUUAGAAUAUUGUACCAAUUUGAGGUAACAUUUUGUAUAUGGAAGUUUUUUAUUCCUUCAGAUAGUUAAAAUUAAGAUUAUAAUGUGCCUGCUAGAUAAAUGGCCAUGGACAAUUUUGUGCCUAGAGUAGUUUGGAUAUUAUCAUGCCACAAGUAAUAAAUAUUCUCCUUCCAGCUUCAGGAGCAUCUCGAAGACCCUGGGUGUUGGGAAAAGUGAUGGAAAAGGAAUAUUGUCAGGCAAAAAAGGUAAGGAUAGAUAAUCAGUUUCAGCAUGGCUCAUUGAAAAUAGUUGCAAGAGUUCCUUUUAGUUAAGAGGGAACUUUACCCUCAUUCUUACUCAUAACUCUGUUUUAAACUCAGUUGUAGGAAUAAUAUUUAAAGUACCAUAUUUUUCAGUCUGUAAGAUGCCCCAUAUUUUGGGGGAAUCAGAUUUGAGAAAAUGGGGGGAGAUGUAUCUAUGUAUAAGACGCCCCCUAAUUUUUGACAUUAUCUUUUAGGGAAAAAUCCUAGUCUUAUACACAGAAAAAUUAAGUAAUUGUUAACUUUUUAAUUCAUCCCUCACAUAUCAUAGCCAUCAGCACUACUAUUUUUUAUGAAAGUGUUCUGGAUCAACUUCUUAAGUCUAAAAGCUUGGCUAACCAUGAAAUACUUUAAAGUAUCUUGGGGCAAGUACUUCAGUAAUUUGCUGAGCUGCUGCCAAUAGCUAAUCAAGAAGCAAGUGCUUUGAGGUGUCACAAAAUUACAUUUUUUUACCCAUAGCCCACUAGAUGGUGAAAUAGUAAUUUACCUCAAAAGGAGAUUCAGUUUCACUUAAUGUACAUUAAAUAUCUUAGUCUGUUAAAUUGGGUAGAUUUAGUUGCAUUGCCCAUUCACAGAGAAUUUCUGCAUAUUUGACCAUUUGCACCUUAAAGAUACUGAGCUUGUCAAAGGAUGCUUGAUUUAUAUUUAGCUAGUGUUAUUGUGCUUGCAUGAAUUAGUGAACCAUUAUUGUGAAUAAAACAAGCUGUGAUUAUGGACUGGGCUGUGUGUGGAGAAAUGUCAUGCAGCUGCCAGCUCAACCACGUCUGCAAAGAAAUGAGAUGAAAAAGUAUUGUUUUCUGAGAUGAAAACGUAUUGUUUUCUGACUAGCUCUGGUAUAUUUCAAAUAAUUCUUUGCAUAUGUGUGUUUUUGUUUUUGCUUAGGCACAAAACAGAUUUAAAGUUCCUUUGGGUACAAAAUUCUACAGAGUAAAAGCAGUGCCAUGGAACAAGAAAGUAUAA